AGCUUUUCGACAGCUUGUUAAUACUGGCUCCUCUCCCCGAAACCUUUCCUUCAAGUCCCAGCAGCUCCCCCUGACCCUGCUGGGAAGGCGCACCAAUUACCUGUCAUUCCAGGAAAGCCCGUAGCAUGAGAUGCUCCCAUUGAUCAUCUGCCAGAAGCAGACUUUCUGAAAAGUUCUUAAGGACCAGCUAGUCCAAUUCCUCACUGAAUAAAGGAGAAGCAAAGUCCAGGGAGGUGAGGCGAUGCGUUGUCCUCCUAAUUAGCAGGUAAGCUCUAGGCAGGGCUGGGUCUUCCGGGCUCUCUGCAAGGUCGUGCCCCGCACGGGGCAGAAACGAUUUCAUCAAUUCGUCAUCUAGACGGCCUUUCACUGACACUGUCUCUCCGCGUGGAAGAGCCGCUGGGAUGCGCAGUGCAGGUGUCGUCCGUUUCAGAGGUAAAAUAACCGAGCUGCGGAUCUCCAGAGGCCGACUAGAGCCGGGACCAGAAGACAGGUUUCCCGUUUCGGGGACAGCGCCCGUCCCUGGGCGUUGGAACAUCGGCUGAUGUUUCAUCUGGUCAGGCAACCGUCCAGCGCUUCGUACACCUGGCGCUAAUCGGCGGGGAUUAAUCACACACCCGGCAGCGGGCGGAAAGCAGCGGGAGGAGGCACCGAACCCUGAGGUGAGAUCCAAGUUCCCGAGCGCGCAAACCACGCCCCUGGGAUUACGGCGGCUGCGUGUUCGCGCGCGUCCUGGAGUGCGCAUGCGCAGCGGCGGGGGUUGUUCCGGCAGCCUUUCAUUGAAGGGAGCCGCCAGUUUCAAAUGCAGCCGCGUUUGCCCCGAUUCCCUGGGCCUGGCUUUCAGCGUAGCAAUUCUGCCGGCAAAGAAGGUGAGCGCAGUGCUGCGUGGCGGCAGAGCUGAGGACGAGGAGCAGCGGGACAAGGAAGGGCGACUCUGGUGAAAUCGCAAACUAGACGUCUGUUCCGGCGCGGGACCCCUGUAUGCAAAGUGGGAGCCGAAGCUGAAAGGUCCAGAGGCUGACGAGGCCACGUGCAAGCUCCAGUGUGGGGUCCAUGGCUAAUGAAACACAGAAAGUUGGUACCAUCCAUUUUCCUUUUCCCUUCACACCCUAUUCCAUCCAGGAAGACUUCAUGGCAGAGCUUUACCGGGUUUUGGAGGCUGGCAAGAUUGGGAUAUUUGAGAGUCCAACUGGCACUGGAAAGUCCUUAAGUCUUAUUUGUGGAGCCCUCUCCUGGCUCCGUGACUUUGAACAGAAGAAGCGUGAGGAAGAGGCACGACUCCUUGAAACUGGAACCGGCCCCUUCCAUGAUGAGAAAGACAAAUCUCUGUGUCUGUCGUCUUCCUGCGAAGGGGCCGCAGCCACCCCAAGGCCUGCUGGAGAGCCGGCCUGGGUGACUCAGUUUGUGCAGAAGAAAGAAGAGAGGGACCUGGUGGAUCGACUAAAGGCAGAGCAGGCCAGGAGGAAGCAGCGAGAAGGACGCCUGCAGCAGCUGCAGCACAGGGCGCAGUUCAAAUAUGCAGCCAAGCGCCUGAGGCAGGAAGAAGAAGAAACGGAGAAUCUCCUCCGCCUCAGCAGAGAGAUGCUAGAGACAGGCCUGGGGGCUGAGCAGCCGGAGCAGCUGGAGUCUGGGGAGGAGGAGCUGGUCCUUGCCGAAUACGAGAGCGAUGAGGAGAAAAAGGCGGCGAGCGGAGUGGAUGAGGAUGAGGAUGACCUGGAGGAAGAACAUGUAACUAAGAUUUAUUACUGUAGUCGGACGCACUCCCAGCUGGCCCAGUUUGUACAUGAGGUGAAGAAGAGCCCCUUUGGCAAGGAUGUUCGGCUGGUCUCCCUUGGCUCCCGGCAGAACCUUUGUGUCAAUGAAGAUGUGAAAAGCCUAGGUUCUGUGCAGCUUAUCAACGAUCGCUGUGUGGACAUGCAGAGAAGCAGGCACGAGAAUAAGAAAGGAGCUGAGGAGGAGAAGCCAAAGAGAAGGAGGCAGGAGAAGCAGGCGGCCUGCCCCUUCUACAACCACGAGCAGAUGGGCCUCCUCCGGGAUGAGGCCCUGGCAGAGGUGAAGGACAUUGAGCAGCUGCUGGCCCUUGGGAAGGAGGCCCGGGCCUGUCCCUAUUAUGGGAGCCGCCUUGCCAUCCCUGCAGCCCAGCUGGUGGUGCUGCCCUAUCAGAUGCUGCUGCAUGCCGCCACUCGGCAGGCUGCAGGCAUCCGGCUGCAGGAACAGGUGGUGAUCAUCGACGAAGCGCACAACCUGAUAGACACCAUCACGGGCAUGCACAGCGUGGAGGUCAGCGGCUCCCAGCUCUGCCAGGCCCAUUCCCAGCUGCUGCAGUACAUGGAGCGAUACGGGAAGCGUUUGAAGGCCAAGAACCUGAUGUACCUGAAGCAGAUCUUGUAUUUGCUGGAGAAAUUCGUGGCCGUGCUGGGGGGGAACAUUAAGCAAAAUCCCAAUACACAGAGCCUCUCACAGACAGGGACAGAGCUGAAGACCAUCAACGAUUUUCUCUUCCAGAGCCAGAUUGACAACAUCAACCUGUUCAAGGUGCAGCGAUACUGUGAGAAGAGCAUGAUCAGCAGAAAGCUCUUUGGAUUCACAGAACGGUAUGGAGCAGUGCUCUCAUCCCGGGAGCAGCCCAAACUGGCUGGGUUUCAGCAAUUCCUGCAGAGCCUGCAGCCCAGGACGACUGAAGCUCCUGCAGCCCCCGCAGACGAGAGUCAGGCUAGCGCCCCGCGACCAGCUUCCCCACUGAUGCACAUCGAAGGCUUCCUGGCAGCUCUCACUACAGCCAACCAGGACGGCAGGGUCAUCCUGAGCCGCCAAGGCAGCCUCAGUCAGAGCACCCUUAAGUUUUUGCUCCUGAAUCCAGCUGUGCACUUUGCCCAAGUGGUGAAGGAGUGCCGGGCAGUGGUCAUUGCAGGGGGGACCAUGCAGCCGGUGUCUGACUUCCGGCAGCAGCUGCUGGCCUGUGCCGGGGUGGAAGCUGAACGCGUGGUGGAGUUUUCCUGUGGUCACGUGAUCCCUCCAGACAAUAUCCUGCCCCUUGUCAUCUGCAGCGGGAUCUCCAACCAGCCGCUGGAGUUCACGUUCCAGAAAAGAGAGCUGCCUCAGAUGAUGGACGAGGCGGGUCGCAUCCUCUGUAACCUGUGCAGUGUGGUUCCUGGAGGGGUGGUCUGUUUCUUCCCCUCCUACGAGUACCUGCGCCAGGUCCAUGCCCACUGGGAGAAGGGUGGCCUGCUGGGCCGCCUGGCUGCCAGGAAGAAGAUAUUCCAGGAACCUAAGAGCGCGCACCAGGUGGAGCAGGUGCUGCUGGCGUAUUCCAGGUGCAUUCAGGCCUGUGGCCAGGAGAGAGGCGGGGUGACGGGGGCCCUUCUCCUCUCUGUUGUUGGAGGAAAGAUGAGUGAAGGGAUCAACUUCUCUGACAACCUAGGCCGGUGUGUGGUGAUGGUGGGCAUGCCCUUCCCCAACAUCAGGUCUCCAGAGCUGCAGGAGAAGAUGGCCUACUUGGAUCAGACCCUCCCCAGAGCCCCAGGCCAGGCGCCCCCAGGGAAGAAUCUGGUGGAGAACCUAUGCAUGAAGGCCGUCAACCAGUCCAUAGGCAGGGCCAUCAGGCACCAGAAGGAUUUUGCCAGCAUAGUGCUCCUGGACCAGCGAUACGCCCGGCCCCCUGUCCUGGCCAAGCUGCCGGCCUGGAUCCGAGCCCGUGUGGAGGUUAAAGCUACCUUUGGCCCUGCCAUUGCUGCUGUGCAGAAGGUCAGUCCCACCUUUUUCUUUCUGAGAGCCUCCCCACCCCGAGAUCUCUUUUCUCACUGCCUUCUGUCUGCCCAGUUUCACCGGGAGAAGUCGGCCUCUUCCUGAUGGGCGGCCGCACCACCGCCUGGCGCCGCGCCCUUCCUUUGCCCUGCCCGCUGAGGACAGUAUUUGUCGUGGACCUGGUCUACAGGGAUCCUGUUACAAGAGUGAAACCCAGGAGGAGAGUGUGGAGUCCAGAGUGCUGCCAGUGCCCAGGCACAGGCAUUAGCUCCUAUAGGAGAAAAUGGGGGAAUCCUGAAGAAACAGUGGGUCCUGGCUGGCCUUGGGGCAUUCCAGGGCAGCUCCCCUCCUGGCACAGAAUCUUCCUUUCCAUCCUGCAUGGCUGAGAGCAGGCUUCCUGCCUGGUCUCCACAGGAGGCUGUGGCAACUGUGGCAUCCACUGUGGCAUCCACUGUGGCAUCUCCAUCCUGCCCACCUUCUUAAGAGUUGAGAUAGAGCAGGCCUGUUUGCCUCUGCCCUUUCUAGUCAAGGUUAACUGCCCUGGACUGCUCAUCCUCUGGUCUCAAUUUAAAAUGAUCCCAUGGCCGCAGGGUUCCUGCCCAGGGCUUGUCACCUUCCCCUCCUUCUCUAGUCUCAAUUUAAAAUGAUCCCAUGGCCACAGGGCUCCUUCCCAGGGGCUUGUCACCUGCCCCUCCUUCCUGAGUCACACCUGCAGCCCUGCUCUCUAACCCGUCCCACAGCCCUGCCUGGAUUUGUGUCUCCCUGGCUUCGCACCAUUUCCUCCACGUCUGUGGCACCUCCUUCCCUCUCAACCACUUAAACUCCAAGACACCUUCUACCCCACACCAUCAAUUAUGCCAAGGGCCAUUAGGCUGUCAACAUGACUAUAGAGACCCCGUGUCAUCACGGAGACCUUUUUUCCUGUGGGAAAAUAUCCCUCCCACCUGCAACAGCUGCCACUGCUGACUGCGCCUGUCUUCUCCCUCUGACCCCAGAGAAAGGGGCCGUGGGCAGCUGGGAUCUUCUGCCGCCAUUAGGGACCAACAGGGGCCAGAGGAAAGUCACUGAUGCCCAGAUGUUUGCAUCCUGCACAGCUACAGGUCCUUAAUUAAAAGUGUACUGUUGGUUUCUGCUGA